UGAGAAUUCUGAACCUCACUCCAGAGACACUCGCAACGGAGAGCUUACUGUGGAGGGAAUUUCAUAGUUUCUCACGGAUUAAGAGACUGUUCGUUCAAAACUCCUUAUUAAUACCUGAGGAUAUCUGAGAAGACACAGCCACCAGCAACCGACACGGAUGUUGCCGCAAAUGUUGAAUCGUCAACUCAAAUGAAGACUUCUUCAGCGACCCGAAUGCGGAUGCUUAGGGCAAAAAGAAAGUGUCUUGAGUUUUUCGAGGAAGAAAAACAAUACUGUUUAGUGGUUGUAGCUAUUUAUUAAAUUACUUUUGUACGACCAGUAUGCUGCAGAAACUAGUGUAAAACUAACAGCUGUAGUUGGUUAUUUUGCCUGUGAAAUACAUUGAUGUUUUGCAUAAUUAGGUAGUUGGUCAGUGUCUUUCACACGCUUGAACUGUGGUUGUCGUUUUGGGUAGCUAGCACGCUACAAAAUGAAGUUCCGCAAGAGUUAGCUCGCUGGUUAGCUGAUGUGAUGUGUUAUUCUUAGUUAGCCAGCUAGCUAAGCUAACAACAUAGCAACAUUGAAGUUUUGGGAUUGGCAUACAAGACGACUGCAGCGCUUUAGGAAAGGUUGUGAAUAUCCCAGAAAAGGAACAGUGCUGUGCUCCUUUUGCUGAAGACUCGAGGCUUAUCUGCCAAGCUGGUUCUCGAGCCAACGUUGCUUAUUUCCUUUUCAAACGCCCCCUCCCCCUCCACCGUUAUACACAAACGCUAGUUAGCUCCCAAACGCUAGCUGUCUUCAAGAAAAAGGAAGAAUUCAACUUACACAUUACAUUACAUUAGUUCGCAAUAAAGAAUUCGAAAACCGUCCAGGAUGACCUUUAAUCCCAUGGAAAGUGCGUGAUAGAGAUGCAAAUAUAGAUUUAUUGAGUAGCGUUGUAUUCAGUCAACACGCUUAUCUAGCUAAGUUAGUAUUCUAACGUUACCAGCAGCAAGCUGCCUGCCAAGCAGUCAAAUCGUUAGCUUACGGUUUCUCGCUUCUAGCGAGCUAGCUAACGUUAGUUGGCUAACUUGCUCAUUGCAAGUUGGGGAACGAGCAAUCGCAACACCCUCUCUGUUGUCAACCCAAGAAAAUGGAGAAGCCAACUUGACGUUGUCGAUGCUGUCAUUUUCGGUAUUUUCAGACGGACUCUGCCAUUCAGUAGUCGUUUGUUGUUAGGGAUAACGUUUGUAUCACUUUACGCGAAUGCUUUUUAUUAUGCACAAAUAUUUAUCCAGCAACUUAGAUAAUUAACCAGUUUGUGUCGCGUCGUUUGCCAUUUAUUUAUGUCGUUUAGCAGGCACUGGGCAUACAGGAAGCAACAUCGGAGGCGAUGAAAAUACAGUUGGGCGAAACGGCACAGUUGCUUUUUAUUUUUCUGUAACAGAAUGGAUAUUUCAUUUCAAUCAGUGAAUUUAUCACUGGAAAUGAAGCAACAUAUUGGCGCAUGAGUCGUCCAUUUUCGUGUCUGAUACCAAGCGAGCUGGCUUGCUCACGUGUUAAUGUUUAUGGCGUCGCGUUUUAUUUAGCUGAUUUAGCUGUAUGUGUUUACUGUCGUCUGGAGAGCGUUUGGAUGAAUUUGCUACCAGUGUCUUUGAUGUGUUAAUCUCGCAUGGAUUUUAGUUGCAAAGGCGAUAACCUAAUCAAGGGGAGCCCUGUAUGAAUUGCCUGACUUAACCAACCUUGCGCACCGCAGUGUUUGUCUGUAUGGUUUUGGAUUAUGUAGCUUGUAUUUUUAAUUUAGCCCAACCGUCAUUUAUGUAAUCAGCUUGCAGGUGGAUAUUUUUAAGAUCGUAAAGCUCCCUCAAGAAGGGGCGAGGAGCAAAAUUCUUGUCAAUUGUAUCAAAGCCGCAACAUUAUCUUCCAUCAUUUUCGAAACGGGUUGUCUGUAAUGGCCAUGCAACGUUGUCGUUUGCAGUAGCUAACGGCACCAAGCCUGUUUUUCAUAUGCGAGUACAUCUUUUUGGUUCGAUUUUAAGACAUCGAUUUCCCUCACAGUACAUUUGGCAAUGUCUCACAAUGGCUGUUUUUUGAGACCCUGGUGAUCACUGAGGAAGAGAACUAAAGGCUCAGUUGGAUGCUUGGCCCGAGCCCCUGACUAGCCGCUACUGGUCACGGUUGGACUUUGAUUCAAACGGACCUGACUGUACAUUCGCAUCUGUGUCCAUCCACGACUGCUUCUGGUUCUGUAUCGAUUCGGUCGACCCAGGGCUGAAGAUGGCGGACCUAGAAGCAGUUCUCGCCGAUGUCAGCUAUCUGAUGGCGAUGGAGAAGAGUAAAUCUACUCCAGCCGCCCGGGCGAGUAAGAAAAUCAUCCUCCCUGAACCCAGUAUUCGCAGUGUGAUGCAGAAGUACCUGGAGGAGAGAGAUGACUUGACCUUUGAUAAAAUAUUCAACCAGAAAAUCGGUUUCCUACUCUUCAAGGACUUCUGCAUGAAUGAAAUAGACGAGGCUGUACCCCAGCUAAAGUUCUACGAGGAGAUUAAGGAGUAUGAGAAGCUGGACUCAGAGGAGGACCGGCUCACACGCAGCCGACAGAUCUACGACGGCUACAUCAUGAAGGAGCUGCUCUCCUGUUCACAUCCCUUCUCUAAGAAAGCUGUGGAGCAUGUCCAGACCCACCUGGCCAAGAAGCAGGUGCCGCCCAACUUGUUCCAGCCCUACAUCGUGGAGAUCUGCGACAGCCUUCGAGGCAAGAUCUUUCAGAAGUUCAUAGAAAGUGACAAGUUCACUCGAUUCUGCCAGUGGAAGAAUGUGGAGCUUAACAUCCACUUGACGAUGAAUGACUUCAGUGUUCAUCGCAUCAUUGGCCGAGGCGGUUUUGGAGAAGUGUACGGCUGCAGGAAGGCAGACACAGGCAAAAUGUAUGCUAUGAAAUGUUUGGAUAAGAAGAGAAUUAAGAUGAAGCAGGGAGAAACCCUUGCUUUGAACGAGAGGAUUAUGCUGUCACUAGUCAGCACAGGGGAUUGCCCCUUUAUUGUUUGUAUGACGUACGCCUUCCAUACCCCAGAUAAGCUGUGUUUCAUCCUGGAUUUGAUGAAUGGUGGGGACCUGCACUACCACCUCUCCCAGCACGGCGUGUUCAGUGAGAAGGAGAUGCGUUUCUACGCCGCAGAGAUCAUCCUGGGUCUGGAACAUAUGCACAACCGCUUCGUCGUCUACAGAGACCUUAAGCCUGCCAACAUCCUGUUGGAUGAACAUGGUCACGUGCGUAUCUCUGAUUUGGGUCUGGCCUGCGAUUUCUCCAAGAAGAAGCCCCACGCCAGUGUAGGUACGCAUGGCUACAUGGCUCCUGAGGUUCUGCAGAAGGGCACGGCGUACGACAGCAGCGCUGAUUGGUUCUCUCUGGGCUGCAUGCUCUUCAAACUGCUACGAGGGCACAGUCCGUUCCGGCAGCACAAAACCAAAGACAAACACGAGAUCGACCGCAUGACGCUAACCAUGAAUGUGGAGCUGCCAGACUCGUUCUCGGCGGAGCUGAAGUCGCUGCUGGAGGGACUACUGCAGAGGGACGUGGCCAAGAGGCUGGGCUGCCUAGGACGAGGGGCAUCAGAAGUGAAGGAGCACCUGUUUUUCAAAGGCAUCGACUGGCAGCAAGUGUAUCUGCAGAAGUACUCCCCACCUUUGAUUCCUCCCAGAGGAGAGGUCAAUGCAGCUGACGCGUUUGAUAUUGGCUCCUUCGACGAGGAGGACACCAAGGGCAUCAAGCUGUUGGACAGUGAUCAGGAGCUGUAUAAGAACUUCCCUCUGGUGAUCUCGGAGCGCUGGCAGCAGGAGGUGGCCGAGACGGUGUACGAGGCCGUCAACAGCGACACUGACAAGAACGAGGCGCGCAAGCGGGCCAAGAACAAACAGCUGGGCCACGAGGAGGACUACGCGCUGGGGAAGGACUGCAUCAUGCACGGCUACAUGCUGAAGCUGGGCAACCCCUUCCUGACGCAGUGGCAGAGGAGAUACUUCUACCUGUUCCCCAACCGCGUGGAGUGGAGAGGAGAGGGCGAGUCCAGGGGCAUGUUGCUGGGACUGCUCUGGGCCGCCUCUGACUUGUCUCCCCCUGGUCCCCCACAGCAAAACCUGCUGACCAUGGAGCAGAUCGUCACGGUGGAGGAGACGCAGGUCAAGGACAAGAAGUGCAUCCUGCUGCGGAUCAAAGGGGGCAAGCAGUUUGUCCUCCAGUGUGAGAGUGACCCAGAGUUUGUCCAGUGGAAGAAAGAGCUGACGGAGGCCUUCACCGAAGCCCAGAAGCUUCUGCGUCGUGCCCCCAAGGUCAUCGGUAAAGGUCGCAGUGGAGGGGUGGUGGAGCUGUCCUCAAAGCCCCCACUCACACACCGCAACAGCAACGGCCUGUGAGCCACACAGGCACGCACACACGCACGCACACACACACACGCACACACACACACUGACACACACAAAUGUGUACUCAUGCACGCACGCACACACUCAGGCACGCACCAUCUGACUCUUACACACAAGCAUCCACUCAUGCAAGAACGACACACACACACACUGCUCUGCUUUACCCUGCUGUGAUUUCACCAACAGGCCCAAAAAAAACCUCAUACACAUAUACACACACACACACACACACACACACACAUAUACAGUCUAACUCCUGCUGGUGCAGAGAGGGAAUAAAAAAUCCACUUGGAUAGGGCCACUGAACCCUCUGAGUUUUUUUUCUCUCAUUCAUGCACACACACACACACACACACACACACACACACACACACACACACACACACACACACACACACUCUGAAGUGGAGAUGCAUGGGACACUGAGCCUGGCCAGAGAGCAGUCUUGGGAGGAAGGUCUCGUCUCCAUCGUCCGCUCCUCUCCUCUGCGCAUCGCCCUGCUGUGGUCUACUGGACGCCUCUCCAGCUCUCCCGCCCCGGCCUCAUCUCAUUGGGUAGCAGACUGCUGGGGGAGCCCAGCGGCUUCAUCCGAUUGGCUAGCAAGCAGACUGCUCAAGGGAGGC